GCGUCGCGGUGCGCGCCAGUCGUUGCCGCGCCGCCAGCGACGUUGCCACACCGGCGCCGACGCCGUGCACACCCGACGUCGACGACACGCGCCGCACAUGAUCUAGCCGAAUUGUUUUUGUUUUCGGGCGCCGUUUUCGUUGUUAGUCCGCAAUUUGCCAGUUGAUCAAAAGCCAGUUUAUGUAGGAUUCCCUAGAUUUAACUCUUAAGAUUAGGCCAGUAUUCCCAGUCCGCCCAGGACGCCAGUAUAGGUUAAGCGAAAAGUCGGGAACAUCGCAGGAUUUUGACGAGUUUUCAAUAGUGCGCGCGCGUUAUUCGAAAACUUACCGAUAUUGACAGUUGGACAAGCGACAGGACACUGCAAGCUGACAGCGGCGGUUUAGAUCGGGAUUCUUAUGGUUUUCAUGGACGAAUGUCGAUCCGACUCGACCAGGUGGAUCGGGGCACCUCGACCAGGAGUUCCCUUGUCCCCUACAGCACCAGAGGCAGAAGGACCUCCCGUCCAAAUGGAGCCGGUGGACCUCAGCGUCAAAACGCCAUCUGCACUGCCCAAAUCACCACCUCAAAAGCUGAAAAAUCCAGCGCCCUCUCACAAAGUGCACAGCAAACCACCAGAUAUUCCCAAAACGGUGACCGCGCCCCCUGACAUCAACCUGCCAUUUGGGGCUGAUUGCGCGCGAUCCCUCACCCCCACCGCCACUUUGCUGGCCUUGCAGCGGAUCAAGGAUGCCUCUUUGUCACUAACCAUCACGCCCGCCCUCUCCCAUCAGUCCUCACCCGGGAAAUCCAACAACAACAACAACAACAACAACAUAUAUGAGGACUCAAAGUUGCUGCCGGAGGUGACGAUAAGGAGGAGGAAGAUUCACCGGUGUGACGUGGCGGGGUGUCACAAAGUCUACACCAAGAGCUCCCACUUGAAGGCGCACAAGCGCACGCAUACCGGGGAGAAGCCCUAUCAGUGCUCGUGGGAGGGCUGCACGUGGAAAUUUGCCAGAUCGGACGAGCUGACCAGGCAUUACAGGAAACACACCGGCCAGAAACCGUUCAGUUGCAACUUGUGCCAACGGUCGUUUAGCAGAUCGGACCAUCUGUCACUUCACAUGAAGCGACAUUGACAGUCGGCGAUGAAGUUUUUUUUAGUUGAAAUUUUGUACAAACGCUCCCAUUCUAGCCGGCCUUAAAUCUGCCUUUCCUGGUGUCACCGAGUCUAAUGAAACAGAGGCUGAGGUUAUGUCCUGACCGUUGACAGCUGUCACACCAACAUAGGGCCGCCAUAUUUUUGCAACUUUCACGGAUAAAUUGAUUUAUGUACAGGCGAUACGUCAAUCGGUCGUGACUGCAGUGGUUUUUUCUGCCAAUAUAAAGUAUCGUGAUUUUCCUUUGUCAAGACGGUAGCUCGUGUGUGUGCCGCUAUCCGGCAAGAUUUACUUCAAGUUUCCGCCAGUCGAAUCACAUAAAUCACCUUGUAACGCUAUAUAUCUACCAGGAAAGGUACAUUUGACAACGAUACUUGUAUAGUAAAGCGAUGUUUGUCCCAUCUCUUGCGUAACAAUGACAUUCUCUGAACAUUCCUAGUUAAUUGUAGUAGUUUAUUGUUAUUGUUGUAAUUUUAAGGAUGUCGGAACACGGUGCCAGUAGCGAUGUGAAAAAUACUUGUUUGUAAAAACCCCUAAUUUUAAUUGACUAGUUUUAAGCCAUUGCGGUGCGUUAUGCCGAAGGAAACCGCCCUCUGCGGGCACCAUUCAAUAAUUCAUUUUUUAUUACACCGAAAAAAUUCCCGAGCUCUUCAAAGCGCACAAGCCAAUCAAAAAUUACUCCCUGACAAGGCAAAUAAUAUUUUUGUGAUAUCGAAAAAAAUAUUUUACCCGAGCGUGCAAUUUUUAUAUUUUUCUACGUUUAAGUUUCGGCUAAGGCUCGAUUUUCGCUGGGCAAAGUUGGACCACUUGAUACAGGCUCAAGCCGCUGCAUUAACUAUAAAUAUUGUAAUUAAGAGAAAUAUGUAUAUUUUUAAAACCGUAUUGCCAGUAACAGGGCCAGUAUAUUUUAUACUAUAUUAAUGCACGCGAAUGCGGAUAAUUCUGUGUGCAUUUUAUUAUAUUUUUUUAAUGUAAUUUUAAUAUUCAAAUAUAGAUCUCUGAAUUCCUAGGCGCAAAUUCGUUCAGUAUAUAAUAUUUCCGAUUUGGCGACUAUUUGCCGAUUACCAUUAAAAAAACCUUCUGCAUUUAGUGGCAAAGGUCUAGGACCAUGGGUCGCGUUGUUCUAUAGAGAAUCGUUAUAUUUCACGUUAUUCUAGAGCUAAGAAAUUUAUAAUAUAUUUAUUAAUGUUACAUUUUAGCUGAAUAAAUAUUUUGGAAGGGUUUCAA